AUGGCCGAAACCGAGGCCGAGAAGUACGAGAUCCUGACCAAGAUCGGUAUGCCGUCCUGUCCUCGAUUUAAACUCGUGCGACUUGCUGACACACCCCAGNGUCAAGGUUCAUUCGGCAUCAUCAGAAAGGUCCGCAGAAAGAACGACGGCCUUAUUCUUUGUCGCAAAGAAAUAUGUUACACCCGCAUGUCACAGAAGGAGCGCGAGCAGCUCUCGGCCGAGCUCGACAUCCUCCGAGGUCUACGCCAUCCCAACAUUGUCGCCUACUACGAGAAAGAGCACUUGAAGGCUUCGCACGACCUGCACCUUUACAUGGAAUACUGCGGCAACGGCGAUUUGGGAAUGAUGAUUAAGGAUCUCAAGGCUCGCAACGAGUACGCCGACGAGGAGUUUGUCUGGACCAUCUUUGCACAACUCGUCAGCGCUCUAUAUCGCUGCCACUACGGCGAAGACCCACCAGACGUCAACAGCAACGCCCUCGGCCUGACCAAGAACGCUCUCCCGCUCAAGAGCAAGCAGGCACACAAGAUGAUCCUCCACCGUGACUUGAAGCCUGAAAAUGGAAACGCAGUCAAGCUCGGUGACUUUGGUCUCUCCAAGAUCAUUCUUUCGCACGACUUCGCCUCUACCUAUGUCGGCACUCCGUUUUACAUGUCGCCCGAAAUCUGCGCCGCCGAACGCUACUCUCUAUACUCGGACAUCUGGUCACUCGGCUGCAUCGUCUACGAGCUCUGCACGAGAGAGCCUCCAUUCAACGCUCGCACUCAUCUCGAACUCAUUCAANAGAUCAAGCUCGGCAAGGUUGCUCCGCUACCACGCAUAUACUCCAAGGAGCUCUCGGAUGUCAUCUCUGCAUGUCUCCAGGUCAACCCCAACUCAAGACCCGACACAGCCAGCCUCCUCAACCUGCCCAGAGUGAAGCUGGUACGAAAGACACAGGAAGGUGUCAUGGUCCUCCAACAGCACAUUACCGCAAAGGAGAACGCAAUUGCUGCUUUGAAGUCGGCACAAGAGAAGAUCGCACGACUGGAAGCUGAGAAACAGUCCAUGCACGACCAAAUCGACAAGCAGCUCAGACUGGAGUGGGAGACAAAGGCUCACCUUGAGAUCAACCGCCAGAUGGACGUGGCCGGAGAAAGAUUACGGGACCAUUACAGACAGCUCUUUGAGCAGCAAGUCGAGGAAGAAGUAGAGAGAAGACUUGCUUCGCUGCCAUCAUCACGCACCAGCUCGAUGAACUCAGCCUCAGACACCAUCGAGCCACCAAAGCGCUCCUCAACACCCACACAAUCACUGGAAGAACCAUCUUCGCUCGUCACCAUAGGAGAGGCCGAUGAAGAAGGUCCCAGUCUCAAUGCUCUUACUCUGGAGGACUCGCCACUUGUUCAGAGACACAAGCCUCUGAGAUCGUCCAACCGCACUCCCUUCACACGCGCAAAGACUUUUGCCGGCACAAACGACGUCGCUCCCAGUCCCAUGGACAUUCAGAUGGUUGAUCCCAGCCCGAUGAGCAUCGCUUCGCUUUCCUUGUCACCGCGUAGGAACGCACCUCUCGAAGGAAGCAAGCUAAGACAACCUGCUUUCAAGGGACCCAACAUGUUUGAUCGUGCUACUCGUGAAAGCAAUCUUGCUCUCUUCCCUGAGGACAACGAAGAUGAAGAAUCUUUCGGCUCGGACGGUGGUUCGCCCAUCAGAUCGAGACCAAACAGCAGAGAGAAUGACCCUUUCAAGGUCCUUGCUCAACCCUCGAGACCUGCCGUUUCGAGACAAAAGACCAUGCCUACACAGAUUCAAUCACGCCUGAAGUCAGUGCCUAGUCUGGCACCCAGCACUAGACGUGCUGCAGCAUCGCCUAGCCGCUCUCCCAUGAACAAAGGUCUGCCAAUCAGCCCUAGCAGAAGAGCACCCGCCAUUCCAUCCCAGCCUUCUAAGACCGCGCUGGCCACAAAGAAGGGCGCUAAGGGCGAAGACAUGAUCAAGACCGUUCACCGCAACAACUUGCAACAAGGCAUCCAAGGCCGCACCCUGGUGGAGCUGGCACAAGCUAGAGGCAUUUCCAGCCCAUCGUCUAGCAUCGAGGUACCCAAGGUCUCGACAAAGGCAUCCCUCGAUAGAGAGCCUCUGUGGGAUCCCGAACGUGACGAGAUGCCCUCACCAUUCCUGAUAAAGACUCGCAGAGUCGGUAUUAUGCCCCGAUAG